AUGUUAAAGAAGAAGCUAUUCAAGUUUAUGAAUUACUAUUACUUUAUUAAGAAUUACUACAUCUACCACAUCCUCUUUCUGUACACAUUUUUUUUAAGGAUAACAUAUACAUACGCAGAAAUUACCAUAUCACAUUUUUUUACCUUUCUGUUGAAUAAAUAUGAAAAUACGGAGUCGCAAAAGGAGGAGGAAAAUUUUUUUUAUUAUUUCACUCACUUUUUCAAUUUUAGCAAUAAAAAUGAUGACAAGUUUUUAAACACGAAAUUGUUCCUUGUUGUGUACUUACCAGUGUGUUUAAAAUGCUUCUACACGCUUUUCUUCGACUAUAUCGCAUAUUAUGUGUACAUUCGUUACUACUUUAAAAGGAUAAAUAACAACUACAGGAAAAUUUACUAUUCCUCAGUGUCGUAUGAAAAUGGGAAAGAACAAAUUGGUGAAAGUUUUUUUUUUAAAAAGGAUAGAGUUGGACUCAUGCACAGAAUUAGCAAAAGAAAAAAAAACUCAUAUGAUGUGUGUGCGAAGAGACUAUCUGACAUGUCUCUCUACGAAUGCAGGAGAUAUAUGUUACGAAAAAAAAAAGCCUUUUCCCUCUGGCAGAGAAAACAAAAUUUAAAGACUAAGAGAAAGAAACGCAAAAAUAGCACCGUAAAAAGGGUUACCUGUAAGGAAGACACAAAGAAGAAACAACCACGCAUUAAGUUUAUUACCUGUAGAAAUAGUUUUAUCAAAAAUAAACUCCUAAAUAAUGAUCAAAGAGAUGCUCAAGGUAAUAAGCUGUUCCAUAAUGUGUUUAAGAAUAGGAAGAAUAUUUUCUUCAGAAGGAAACAGAGGAAGAGAAAUGAUGCAUAUGAAGGGGGACUUUCUUCUGGUAGUUCAACGGAGCAAGGAGCUGAUCGAAAAAAGGAUAAAUGCAUUUUUAACAAGCUGUAUAUGAGCAUGCAGAAGGGGUACAAUUUUGUGGGUAGUUCCCAGGGGGGGAGAAAUAUUUCGGAUGAAACUACGGGCAUUAGUAGAACGACUAGCAUCUACCGUAUUUCCCCAAAUGGACGGGACGAGCAUAUGAAUGACCAUGUGCACUACGACACAAGCUCCGUGGAGGCAAAUGCAUUCUGCGGACCAAACAGCUGGGUAGGAAGCGCAAACGAGGAAAACCUUCAUUUGCUCAAAUUUACGUUAGAUAAAAUAGGAGAUACGCAGAACGACAUAACACCAAAUCAUUUUCAGAAUAGCAAUGGGGAUUACUUCCCGCUGAACGAAUCAAACCCCAUUGGGCCUAACAUUGAAAGCGGAAACUACGAAGAAAUUCGCUUUGAAAAUUUGAGUGGAAAUGGGGUGUGUAUUUCGAAGGCGCAUCACUCUUCUGGUGGUGGUGAUAUGGAGAAUGCUAAAAAGAACCAACAGAGUGAGGAAGGAGAAAGGCCUCAAGGGGGGGAUGAACAAGUGGUGAUGGCCCUGUCGAAUGGCGACAUAAAGGGGGACGGAGGAGAUACGCCAAAUUACGAAGCGAAUAAAACAAAGAAAUCCUACCGGACUUUGCGAGGGAGCCUAAAAAUGGACUACCUUUUUAAGGACAGCUAUGAAUUAGGAGAAAAUAACAAGAUGGAAUCGACGGAAAAUAACGACUACUACUAUUACAACAAAUUUAAAAAUUUUAACUACGGAAAGAAGGACAAUUUGUACAGCGUGAGGGAACUGAUAAAUAACAAAAUAAACGCAGAAUAUUAUCACCUGAAAUUGAACAUACUCAUUUUGUCCUGUAUAAUUAUACAGAUCUUUAACUCAUGCAUUUUGAUACUAAUUUCGAAUAACUUUAUAAGGAAAAAGGAAAAUUUAUUUUUUUUCUGUUUUUUAUAUUCCCUCCUGGAAAGCGUCACCGAUGUUAUUUCAGAAAAUAUAUUUUUCCUGUGUGGUAAAUUUACAAACAUAUACAAAAAAGAAUUCAGUAUUAACGCAAUCUACGUUAUUCAAGUUAUCAGCAAAAUGAUAUUGAGCCUUUCAACCAUUUUUAUUUAUUUUGUCUAUCACAUUUUUGUAAUACUUUACGAGCAUGUGAAUAUUAUGAUUAUAAAUACUUUUAUAAAAACCCUGUCUAUUUUUGUCCUUUCUUUUAUUUUCCUCAAAAAUAAGGACAACUUUUUUAAUUACCAAAAUGAUGCAACAUUUGCCGGCAUGAAUUUUGAGAAGAAAACUCGAGUCGCAACUGGCGAGGCCCCUACAUGUGAGGAAAGCGACUCUGUUAAGAUAGACAUGAAAGGGAUGGAACUACGCAAAAAGAACGGGGCAGAUACAGUCAGAAAUGCCUCAUCCGAGGAAGUGCAAAACGGGUGUGGUGUUAAGAAGGAUCCAUCAGAAGUGCGCAACAGUGAUGAUCCACCCAACCUUAGGAGCAAUUUUAAUCAGGAAAUAUUUAGCAACUAUCUCUACAAUAAUAAAUACUAUGGGGAUUAUUUUAAUUUUUCAAAGAAUAACUACUAUGGUGAAAGACUUCUCACUGAUAAUAUUGUCUCAAAGGGUUCGUCUAAGGAAGGAGAUAAAUGCGUAAAUCCUUUUUCUGUAAAACUAAAAUAUUUCACAGAAUUUUUAAACGUUUUUAAACUCCUUUCAAGAAUAAACUGUUACAUUUUUAAGAAGGAUGAAAUGAAGUAUAGCCACAGUUACACACUCCUAACUGUGCAGGAUGCAAAAGGUGAUGAGAAGAAUGUGGACCCAUUUUCUCGAAACAAAAUAGAAUACAAAAUUAAGAUUCCAAUUUGGGGGGAUUUGAAAAAAUUAUUUAAUACUUCUAAUAAUUCUUGCUGCUAUUCGGGUGUGCAAGAUGGGGGUAUUACAAAAUAUAACUCCCUGAUUGAGCAAGAAAUGGAAUAUUUACGUAAAAAAAAAAAAAAAAAACUACAAAGCGGUGGGCAAUACACGGGACAUCUAUAUAACAUAGAGAACACGAACAGCUUAAGUAGCUUAAGAAGCCUGAACAGUGUGAACAGCGUGAAGCGCGCUAAGAAGAGAAACAUCAUCGUUAGCUAUCCGAUCAAGUUACUACUGAGCAAUUUGAACUUUUCCAACAUUUUUUACAUCUGCUUAUUAUUAAUUAUUCCAACAUUUGAAAGGAUAUUUCUAAAUUAUAAAAUUAAAAAUAUUAAACUAGAUUUACACGGCUACUGCUAUCUUAAUUUUGUGAAUUACUUGACGGAUCUGAUGGGUCUCUACCUUUACAUUAGUUACUUUAAUGAGGAAUCCUACUCCUCCUCUAUAUUUCUCAGCUCCCUCAUUAACAUAUUCCUGAUGUCUUUUCGCUUUUUCUCCUUGCACAACCGCUUUAGCCACAUAUGGUUACUGUUCCUAGAAACUAUACUCAAGUCGCUUCACAAGACAUUCUUUUAUAUGCCUAUUUAUAUACUAGUUACGAAGGUGUACAUAAAGAAUAUUCACAAUUUGAUGUGCUCCUUCUACUCCAGUAUUUUAGACGCCAGUUCCUUCGCCUCCUACUAUUUUGAAUAUGUUAUACUGAGCUAUUACAGUAUUGAAGAUUCAAGGAAUAUCUUCAUCCUUGUUUAUAUUAUCUUUCUGGUACUGAAUUUGUCAUCGCUUGUUGUUAUUUCGAAGUUGAAGAAGACGUAA